AUGAUUACUACUGAAAUAAAUUCAAAAGACCCUCUUGCUAAUAUGAGCUAAAACGAAAAUUAAGUAGAGGACAGGGAAAAUAAGGUAAGCAAAUGAUUAAGUAGAGUCCAAAUGAAUUCAUAGUUGUUGAGGUUGAAAAGUAAUAGGAAUAAUCCGAAUUGUAAGAGAUCUAUGAAGAAUAAUUAGACAAGUAAUAAUUGAAGCUCAAGGAAAUGGAGAGAUUGGAAAGAAUCAAAAAGUACUUACUCAAGAUCAUUAUCAACUAGAAUACCAAUCACUUUGAAAAGAUAGCUCUCUACAAUUAAUGAAUUGUCAGACCAAUCUAUCAAUAAUAGUUAUUCUCCUCAAAUUGAUGUUGAACAUUAUCAACCCAAAAUACUCAAUAAAGAUGUAUGCUAUCAACUUAACUAAAGAUUUUAUUUCAAAUCCUGGAAGAAAAAAAUAAAUAAACAGAGCAAAUCUAGGUAGAUAAAUAAAAAUAACAAAAGAAGAAAUUGAAAAAGAAAAAGAAGAAAAAAUAAUUAUCUCGACAAUAAACACAAACUUCCUUGCCAAUUCCAGAGAUUAAGUACUAAUAAAAUAUCAACUUCAAAUAUUAUUAUGGAGAUAAGAGAAUAGAUUGUAGUUGGAAAUUAUUGUUUAGUUAUUUUACAAUCAUAAUAUUAAGUAAUAUCACCCUUUAAACUAUUGAGAUAAUCAGGUAUUCUGAAAGUGUGUGUAAACUACAAGGAAUGGACAAUGUGUUUAUUUAUGCAAAUUAAUUAUUCUAUAUCUUGGGCAAAAUAGGAUUAUUAAGUUUAAACUAUCAAGAAUUUACAAACACCUUACCUAAUAAAUCCAAAAUUCCUUUAUUCAAUUCAGUAGUCUUUAGCUCAGUUUUUGUUGUGCUAUCAAUGCCAUUAUACGUUUUUGAUUUUGUCUCUUGUUAACCAAGGAGUAAAUUGAUAACCUUGUAAGAGAGUCUUCAAAUAUUGAACUUUUUUGAUUGGGGAAUGAUAGCAGUUUUGGCAAUCAUAAUUAUAAUGCAUUCCUGUCUGAAGAUUUCACUUAAAAAGAAAACCUGGAAAAAAUUGAAGUAAAUCAUUACAAAAUUAAUAGAAAAUUUCUCAAAGUGAUCUAUUAUCUAUUAUUGCUCUUUGUACAUCUUCUAUAAGUUUUAGUCACGGCGACUUAAAACUUUAAACCUUAUCUGCCGGCUAUGAUAAUGGAAAACUUUUAUCUUUGUUUUUCCCUCUUAGCAAUGGCCUAUUUAUCGAUUAGAAAAUUCUGUUUUCAUCAAGAACCCUUUCAAUUCACACAUCAAAAAUUGUCUAAUGAACCUAUUAUAUUAAUUUCGGAUGAGAAAUUAAACAAUUGGGGAUAAGAAGAGAAAUUCUUAGAUGCUGACUCCCUUAAAUUGAGUAAGAGAGCCAAAAUAAGUCCAUCCACAAGUUAAUUCAAUAGUCAAUAAAUUGCAAGCACUAAUUUUCUGCCUUAAAAAGACUGA